GAGACCCGCGACCAGUCAUUUCCUGACACAGGCUCUCCUGCUCUCCAUAGGAGCAGAGCCUGCUGCGAGAGGUGUCGUCAUUCGGCGCGGGGCUGUCUCGGAGCAGCUGCGAGCCAGGCGCAUGCUACCUAUCUAGCACCUACCUUCCUAAGGGCUCGGCAUCGGCGGGGCACAUAAAGCUACGGCAGCCCCACCCCCGGGGGCGGAUAAAGGGGCAGGGGCCCCGCCGAGGUGAGAGUGGCUGAGGAGCGAGCUAAGUCACGGAUUAGGGUACCGCCAUGGGAGGCGGACGGGCUCUAGGACUGCUGGUUACCCUGCUGAUGAUGGCUGGAGCCACGGGGGAAUACUGUGCACACGGACAGUACUUCCAUGACAGUCGCUGCUGCCUGCUUUGUCCAGCAGGUGAAUACGUUGCUGAGCACUGCAGUGCUCCGAACUUAAGAGGAAGAUGUGCCCCUUGCAUGGAAGGAGAGACUUUUACCGCCCAUGAGAAUGGCCUGGAGGAAUGCUUGCCAUGCAGGCAGUGCAAAGAUGAUCAGGUAAUUCUGAGACCUUGCACUCUGACACAAGAUACUGAGUGCCAGUGCAGACCAGGAUAUUUCUGCCCUGCUGAGGGCUGUGAAAUAUGUCAGAGAUGCAGUACAAUGUGUCCAGAAGGAACAGAAAUUGUUGAGAAUUGCAAUGCUACUACGGACCUCAGAUGUGGCUUACCUGAGCAAGGAAGCACACUUCAUGUCUGGUUGACUGUGAUUGGAUUGACUGUUAGUGUGUUUCUGCUGAUCGUUGUAAUCAAAAAGCUGAAGACUGAUAAAGCUAUUCCAACUAUUAAAGAUACAGAGAAAGGCCUGGAGCCUGAGGGCAGUGCUGAAAGCCUCCUUUUGCCAGAAGUGAAGGCACCUGGAAAUAACUUGGCCAGUGCAGAAGGUGAGAAUGCUGGUGAGACCUCAGAGAAUGAAGUACAACUCAAUGUUAACUUGGAAGAGAAAAAUACAUCAGCAGAGGAAAGCAGUGUUGCUGAGCGAGGUACCUUCCUGCGUGGGGUCUUGAGGCGUCAUGUGGAAAGGUGCUUGAAGAGGAUCACUUCGUCUUCACUACCAGCCAAAACUGGGCAGAAUCCUGCAUUCCAUCAGAAUGCCCAGUCUAAACUACCGAGUGGUAGGAUACCAGCAAAUUGUGUGGUACGAGAACCAAGGUGCCAAAUAAUUGUUAAAGAUCUCUCUCAGAAAGAACUGAGAGAUUGCUUCUGGACCUUUAUAAAGGAAGUGCCACCGAAAAAAUGGAAGCAGCUCAUGAGGACUCAUCUGCAUGAGAACGAUAUUGAUAAAAUUAUUUAUGACUUUCCUCAUGAUAAAGAAGAGCAAUCUUACCAGAUGCUUCUCACCUGGAAAAACACGCUGGGAGAGAAACAAUCUGUUAUGAAGUUACUGGAUGAGUUACGGUAUCUCGAUACCAGGGCUUAUGAUAAUGUAUUGAACACGUUAAAAAAUAGUAACCUUGUAAGUAAAGCAGAAGCUACUGAUUAAUGUAUAGGAUGAGCUUUGAAACUGCUCCUGUGUACAUAUAUCUGUCUACAAACUUCCUGUAACUGAGGAUGUCCACCGACUUCUAGUAGAAGUGGGGUCAGGGACUUGAUAUCCUCCUCACCGUCACACGGGGAGCUGGGAGUGAUUUAACGGCGGCAGCGUUGACACAGCCGCCGGUUGUGCAGCUCAUGAAGGUCUUUUAAGUUAUCUGGUAUUAAACUUGGGUGCCAGAUGCCCACCUGAGAGGGAGGAGCUCCAGCUCAUGCUUCCCUUCGUGUGAGGCAGGACCGUGCUGUUCGAGCCCGGGAAGCGGGAACAGAGGCUGUUUCUGAGAGGGAUGUGUUCUUCGUUUGCGUUCUGAAGCGGUUGUGUUCGUUCUGUAUCGGUAUGCUCGGAGGUGUUACGUUUGGAGCACGGCAAUAAAAGCCCGGUUGAGGCAGAA